GUCAGGAGCGGCGUGGGGCGCGGCGCGGCGCGGCGGGAACCUCCCCUGGGUCCGCCCCGAGCUGCGGCCCUGCCGGUCCCACCCCCGGCACAAGUCGACUGGGUGCACAGGUCCCCGGGGACCCGACCGCGCGGCGCCAGGAGACCCAGACCGAGAGUGAGCCAGGGCUUCUGUCUCCCCUUGCUUCCAGGGGGUCACAUGUUAACUGCACAGCCUGUGCACACACAGAGAUCAGUUUCCAGGUUAAGCACGCUCUCCUCAGCUUUACAUGAAAUGUGAGAGGCGACACUGAGGUUUUCGGUCUUUGUGAGGUGUCUCCUUCCCCAAGAGCCAUGGAGAGGCUGCUCCGUGGGACAGGAUCAACCACAGCUCUCAUUUUCUUCCUGCUGAAAUUGUCAGUGGCAGUUGACAUUCCAUUGUCAGUCCGACAGGUCCCGACAAUCACGAAACAGUCGGGAGUGCAAGUUGCCUUUCCUUUUGAUGAGUAUUUCCAGAUUGAAUGUGAAGCGAAAGGGAAUCCAGAACCAACAUUUCGGUGGACUAAGGAUGACAAACCCUUUAAUCUCUCUGAUCCUCGCAUAAUUGUAUCUGAUAACUCAGGGACAUUCAGGAUCCCCAACGAGGGCCCAGUGUCCCACUUCCAAGGGAAAUACCGCUGCUUUGCUUCUAAUGCGCUGGGAAUUGCUAUGUCGGAAGAAAUAGAGUUCAUAGUUCCAAGUGUUCCCAAAUUCCCAAAAGAAAAGAUUGCUCCUCUGGAAGUGGAGGAGGGAGACCCGACUGUCCUGCCCUGCAACCCCCCCAAAGGCCUCCCACCCUUGCACAUUUACUGGAUGAACAUCGAACUGGAACACAUUGAACAGGACGAGAGGGUGUACAUGAGCCAGAAGGGAGACCUGUACUUUGCCAACGUGGAAGAGAAGGACAGCCGGAAUGACUACUGCUGCUUUGCUGCCUUUCCCAGGCUGAGGACCAUCGUACAGAAAAUGCCCAUGAAACUGACAGUCAGCAGCUUAAAGCAUGCUAAUGACUCAAGUUUAUCCACAGAAAUUGGCUCCAAGGCAAACUCAAUCAAGCAAAGAAAGCCCAGGUUGCUGCUGCCCCCUGCGGAAGAGGGCGCUGAGUCUCCCGUCAUUGUGCUCAAAGGGGACACCCUGCUGCUCGAGUGUUUUGCGGAAGGCCUACCAACUCCACAGAUCGAGUGGAACAAAAUGGGUGGUGAUUUACCCAAGGGGAGAGAAACAAAAGAAAACUAUGGCAAGACCUUGAAGAUCGAUGACGUCUCCUACCGGGACAGAGGAAACUACCGCUGCACAGCCAGCAACGCCCUGGGGACAGCCAGUCACAACUUCCAUGUGGUGGUGGAAGAGCCUCCACGCUGGACCAAGAAGCCCCAGAGCGCAGUGUACAGCAGCGGUGGCAGCGGGGUCUUGCUGUGCGAGGCGGAGGGUGAGCCCCAGCCCACGAUCACGUGGAGAGUCAACGGCGCCCCGCUGGACGGCCAUCCAGUUGCUGGUGAUGUCAUCUUCCCCAGAGAAAUCAGUUUCACCAAUCUGCAGCCAAAUCACACGGCUGUGUACCAGUGUGAAGCCUCCAACGUUCAUGGGACCAUCCUGGCCAACGCCAACAUUGACGUUGUAGAUGUCCGUCCAUUGAUUCAGACUGAAGAUGAAGAAAGCUACCCCGCUGUGGUUGGGUACAGUGCCUUCUUGCACUGCGAGUUCUUUGCUUCCCCUGAGGCAGUGGUGUCCUGGCAGAAGGUGGAAGAAGCCAGCCCCCUGGAGGGCGAACGGUACCACGUGCACAGAAACGGCACUCUGGAGAUCAGCAAUGUCACUGAAGACGAUGCCGGGUCCUACUCCUGCUGGGUGGAAAAUGCUGUAGGGAAGACUGCAGUCACAGCCAGUUUGGAUAUUAGAAACGCCACGAAGCUGAGUGUUUCUCCCAAGAACCCCCGAGUCCCCAGAUCACACGUCCUUGAACUUCACUGUGAGAGCAGCUCUGACUCCCGUCUGAAGCCCAGUUUGAAGCUGUCCUGGGGUAAAGAUGGAGAGGCCUUCGAGGCGAAUGGCACGGAAGAUGGAAGGAUCACUAUUGAUGGAGCUAAUAUGACCAUAUCUAAUGUCACAUCAGAGGACCAAGGGGUUUACUCCUGCUUUGCCCAGACUGCUCUAGACAACGCUGCUGAUGUGACUCGAGUCACUGUCUUGGAUGUUCCAGAUCCACCAGAAAACCUUCAGUUGUCUCACAGACAGAACAGGAGUGUCCAGCUGACGUGGGAAGCGGGAGACAGCCACAACAGCAAUAUUAGCGAGUUCAUUGUAGAGUUUGAAGGAAACAAAGAGGAACCCGGACGCUGGGAGGAGCUGGCCAGAGUCCCAGGAAAGGACACGACAGUCUUGUUAGCUCUGGCUCCGUAUGUGAGAUACCAGUUCAGGGUCAUAGCUGUGAAUGAAGUGGGGAGAAGCCAGCCCAGCCAGCCCUCGGACCAUCAUGAGACCCCACCCGCAGCUCCAGACAAGAAUCCUCAAAACAUAAGAGUCCAUGCCUCUCAACCCAAGGAAAUGAUCAUAAAGUGGGAGCCUUUGAAAUCAAUGGAGCAGAAUGGGCCAGGAUUGGAGUACAGAGUGACCUGGAAGCCCCAGGGAGCCUCAGCCUCAGUGGAGUGGGAGGAAGAGACAGUCACCAACCACACACUGAGAGUGAUGACCUCCAUGGUCUAUGCGCCUUACGAUGUGCAAGUGCAAGCCGUCAACCAGCUUGGCUCUGGGCCAGAGCCUCAGGCCGUGACCCUCUACUCCGGGGAAGACUAUCCUGACACAGCCCCAGUGGUCCAUGGGGUCGACGUGGUCAACAGCACGUUGGUGAAAGUGACUUGGUCAACAAUUCCCAAGGACAGAGUGCAUGGACAUCUGAAGGGCUAUCAGAUAAGUUGGUGGAAAACAAGGAGUCUAUUGGAUGGGAGAGUGCAUCCCAAAGAAGUGAAGACGCUAAGGUUUUCAGGACAGAGGAACCAUGGGAUGCUGCCUUCCCUGGAUGCGUUUAGUGAAUUUCACUUGACCGUCUUAGCCUACAAUUCCAAAGGGGCCGGCCCGGAAAGCGAGCCUUACAUAUUCCAGACACCAGAAGGAGUACCUGAGCAGCCAACUUUUCUCAAAGUGAUCAAGGUUGAUAAAGAUACUGCGACUUUAUCCUGGGGACUGCCUAAGAAAUUAAAUGGAAACUUAACUGGCUAUCUAUUACAGUACCAAAUAAUAAAUGGCACCUAUGAAAUUGGAGAAUUAAAUGAUAUCAACAUCACAACUCCGUCAAAGCCCAGUUGGCGUCUCUCGAACCUCAACUCAACUACCAAAUACAAAUUCUACUUGAGGGCUUGUACAUCCAAGGGCUGUGGAAAGCCUGCCACUGAGGAAAGCUCCACCCUGGGGGAAGGGAGUAAAGAUAUCAGGAAGAUUUCUGAAGGAGUAAAUCUUACUCAAAAGAUUCACCCAGUAGAGGUAUUUGAACCGGGAGCUGAACAUAUAGUUCGCCUAAUGACUAAGAAUUGGGGUGAUAACGAUAGCAUUUUUCAAGAUGUUAUUGAGACAAGAGGGAGAGAGUACUCUGGUUUGUAUGAUGACAUCUCCACUCAAGGCUGGUUUAUUGGACUGAUGUGUGCAAUUGCCCUUCUCACACUAAUCCUGCUGACUGUUUGCUUUGUGAAGAGGAACAAGGGUGGAAAGUAUUCAGUGAAAGAGAAGGAAGAUUUGCAUCCAGAUCCAGAAGUUCAGUCGGCGAAAGAUGAGACCUUUGGAGAAUACAGCGACAGCGACGAGAAGCCUCUGAAAGGCAGCCUGCGGUCGCUGGGCCGGAACCUGCAGGCGGCGGAGAGCGCCGACAGCCUGGUGCAGUACGGCGACGGCGACCACGGGCUGUUCAGCGAGGACGGCUCCUUCAUCGGCGCCUACGCCGCGGCCCGGGAGAAAGGCUCGGCGGACAGCACCGGCAGCUCGGCCGCCACCUUCCCGCUGCGGGCGUGACGCGGCCUGCGGCCCGCGGACACGAAGGGCGGGCCCGACGUCCUGGGUGACGGCGGGAGCAGCAGCACUGCCUGCACCGAGCGCAACGCAGAGCACAAAGCAAGUCCCGCGUUCGGAUUCGCUUCGCCGCGCGCCCACACCGCCCGGUGCCCUUGUCCGUGUCCCGGUGGCCUGUGCCCGCGGCUCUGUGUUGAGGCUCUGAGCUCUGUCUUGGGGGCCGCAGGCCAGCGGGAGAAGCAAGCUGGUUAUUUAAGUGUAAAAAGGAAUAAGAAUGUCUUGUUGAAGCAGUUCACUGAGUAUAUACAGCUAAAGUUAUUAUUUAAAGUUUCAGUAGUGAAAGCCGUAGGUGAAUGAUCAACUGUAUUUAUUGAGCUCCUAACUCUUUGCCCAGAGAUGGCCAUGCUUAAACACAGUUGUAGCCUUUCAGCUCCACCAGGAGUCGUGUGUUCUGUCAGGCCCUCCACGCGCAUCUUUGCGUCCUGUUUCCCGCGUGGAUUACACUGGGCUGCGAGGGGAGCAGUGGCGAGAGAUGCCACGAUGCAAGUGGUUCUGGACCUGAUUGUCAAGCUGCAUCAUGCCUGCCUGUCUCAGCCGACUGUGUUGACCUGUUUUCCAGGUUUGUGUAAUGGUAUGCUUGCACCUUUGUCAUGAAUGCAUUGUACAUACUCUGUUAAUAUUUCCGCCGUUUGAAGUAUAGAUUGUUUUAUUCUGAGGUGCGGGAAGGACCUGGGCAGGCAUGUCUGUGGUCACAGUGCACAGUGAGACACGGCUUCUUGCCAUGCCAGAGCCGUGACCUCACACGAGGUUCCACACUGAAGAUUUUGUGUAAAGCCUUUGGGUUUUGUUCUUAUAUUGUGUUUUUUUUUAACAGUCUUAAAAUAAAACCUCAUAAAAAUAUUGAGGGAAAUGCUUUUUUGUAUUUUGCAAAAUAAGUCUUUGCUGUUGAUUGCACACCUAUGCCACCCCCUAAAAGAAGUGAUGUGUUGUAGGAAUUCCUGUACCUAUGUUUGCCUGUGUCACGUUGUAAACAUCGUCAUGGGGAGACUUUUCUCUUGAUUCUCCUUCUGUCAAAGUCAGUAGAAAUUCUGGUAAUUUAUUUUCUGCCAUGUGUGUGACUGUUCCUUUUAAGAUUAUACACAAACUGUUUUAGAAAUAGUAUGAAGUGACCAGCGUCUACAUCAACAAAAUGCAGUGUUCAGCUUCUUAUUUUUAUGGGAACUUUUUUAACCUUACUUUGAAAGUUUUAACUAUUUUUGAGUGAAACUGACUCACAGAUUUUACUUUAUAUUUUUGUGCUGUAAUUUUUGGUGUCUAUAAAGUUAAAUCCUCAACUUUGAUUUAUUCCAUCCAUUAUAUUUCCUGGGGACCAAAAUUAGAGGCAUCUGAAAUGGCCAAUGUAGCAAUAGACAUGGAGUGUCUCACUGUCCUAUUUAAAAACUAUACCUCCCCCAACAGCACAGGACCACACCCUGCCUCAGGCGUGUCGGGAGGAAGGUGUCCCAGUCCUCCACGGGGUGAGUGAGGGGCUCCAGACAUCCCUGUGGGCUGCCUGAUCCUAAGGUGCCGCCUCUCUGGAGGGAGAGUUGAAUGUUCUGAUGGAUCUGAGGAGUUUGUGGUGCUUAGCCGCUGAUGAGGAGAAGGUUGGACUUCACGUUUAGUUUUAUGAUUCUGUUUCCUCUUUGUCAUCAGCUAAAAAGUGGUUUUAAGAGAGUUAGGUAUGUUGGGAAUAAUGUCAGAAAAUCACUAGAAGUAGAUAGAUUGGUUAGUUGUUCAAUAACCUUUAAGUCAGAUGUUAACACAAGUCCUGGAGCAUUGGCUCUGACCUCGGCUUUCCCCCUUGGCGUCUGAGACAAGGCGCCUGUCUUCCUCUGUCCCCGAAUGGCCAGAGCCAGGGUGAGCUGGGACUGGCUCCGCCUGCCCUUGCCUUUCAUCCGGUCCUUCUCUGAGUUCCACUUGGCUUCUGCUGGGAGUAUUCAGGACAGAAGGAAUCAUCCCUGACGUCCCCCUUGUAAGUAUGAAAUGACGUCUCUCAUGUUCCUUAUGGAUCAGAGCAAGUUUUAAGUGGAAGGGUGGGGAGACCCAAGGAGGUAGAAAUGGAUUCCAUUUUUUUUCCCCCUCGGAAAAUAAGUGAUAGAGCCAGGAUUGUGCAAUGAUGUAAACCAGUGAUGGUUAUUUGCAUUUGGCCCACUGAGUGAUGAAGCAGCCACCGGUAACUUGAGCUUUGCUCCCUGCUGGAUUUGCUGCAGUCAUCGGGCCCUGCAUGUGAGGGAUUGUGUACAAUGGCCAGGGUGGUCAGGGAGAGUCCUAGGGAGCUGUCCAGGGUCAGGGGACUCGAGUUCUCUUCCGGUUCCAGCAUGGAUUUUGCACAUGAACUUUUGGCUCCAAACUCCCAGCUGUAAGUGCUAUCGCCAUCUCAGUCACCUAACCGUAGUCACAGGGUGUUCUUUUCUAUGAAGAAAAAUCUGAAAAUAACAGCGAAGAUGCCUUUUAACUUCAUAAACGAACCUAUCUAAAAGUCACCUCCACACACCAGUUCAACGUUUUUCCUGUGAGCACAUAAAUAUAUUUUUAUAGAAAAGCAAAUCUACAGAAGAUAAUAUGAAUCCACUGUGCAGUUAGCAGUGUGAUUUGCACGUGCCAUUGAAAAUUAUUAAUCAGAAGAAAAUUAAAGCAGGGUCUUUGCUAUACUAAAGUGUUUUCCACUAAUUUUACAUGCAUACAUAUUUAUAAGGAAAUGUGAAUUUGGUGGAUUUAUUCUAUUGGUAUAAAGGCAUCUGAUAUUUUAGAUGUACCCGUGUUUAUAAAAAUGUAGAGCACAAUUAAAUUAUGCUGGAAGUCUCAAAUAUUUUUUCCUAUUUUAUACUCAUGGAAGAGAGAAACUAAAGAGAGGACAAUAGUGAGAAAUGUUGGUGUGUUUUUCUAAGCAUUUAAAACAGAAUUGCCAAACAAAAUCCUAAGUAUGUUUACAUACGGUUAAGGCAGGAUUGUUGUAACGAUCUCAGAUCAGUUCUAAGAGGGCUGGGUUUGCAGUCUGUAGUGCACGUCCUGGUGUUCCUGUGUUCUUGGUGAAAUGCACAGGGGUGAACCCUAGCUGACUGCUUAGUGCAUUAUAUUAAACUGAUAAGAACAGAUACUACACUUGAUCUUAGCCAAAAGGCCGAGAAGCGAUGCUUGCUUAGUGCAUUAUAAAGAGAGAGUGAAGGCAUGUAGCACAGGGUCACCUGACUGCCUGUUUUUUUGGCUUAGAUCAAUAUUCGAAGUAGAAGUUUUAUUAAAGUGUGUUUGUGUUGUAGCUGGUGUUUGUAUUGUGCUUAUGAACAUGUACGGUCCAAAAAUAUUUUCAUUAUACGUGAAAUUCAACUUUCCAAAUAAAAGCCCAACUUAACGUACUAUAAA